AUGGGUAUGGCGACGUACGGAGAUGCUCAGCGUGGUGACAGUCUAGUAACCGAAGGCAGUCUAGUAACCGAAGACAGUCUAGUAACCGAAGGCAGUCUAGUAACCGAAGACAGUCUAGUAACCGAAGGCAGUCUAGUAACCGAAGGCAGUCUAGUAACCGAAGGCAGUCUAGUAACCGAAGGCAGUCUAGUAACCGAAGGCAGUCUAGCAACCGAAGGCAGUCUAGUAACCGAAGACAGUCUAGUAACCGAAGACAGUCUAGUAACCGAAGACAGUCUAGUAACCGAAGGCAGUCUAGUAACCGAAGGCAGUCUAGUAACCGAAGACAGUCUAGUAACCGAAGGCAGUCUAGUAACCGAAGGCAGUCUAGUAACCGAAGGCAGUCUAGUAACCGAAGACAGUCUAGUAACCGAAGGCAGUCUAGUAACCGAAGGCAGUCUAGUAACCGAAGGCAGUCUAGUAACCGAAGGCAGUCUAGUAACCGAAGACAGUCUAGUAACCGAAGGCAGUCUAGUAACCGAAGGCAGUCUAGUAACCGAAGGCAGUCUAGUAACCGAAGGCAGUCUAGCAACCGAAGGCAGUCUAGCAACCGAAGGCAGUCUAGUAACCGAAGGCAGUCUAGUAACCGAAGACAGUCUAGUAACCGAAGACAGUCUAGUAACCGAAGGCAGUCUAGUAACCGAAGGCAGUCUAGUAACCGAAGACAGUCUAGUAACCGAAGACAGUCUAGUAACCGAGUAA